AUGCUUAGAACCUCUCUGAGACAGUCGAUUAAGAGCAUGAGAGUCACUUCAAUGAAGGGGUGUCUCUCCAGAGGAGCACCUCUUGUUCUCUCUAAACGAUAUUUACAGACUUUUUCAAGUCCCGUUCUCGGCUCCGCCAUGAGAGCUCAAGUUUCACGCAACAUGUUUUCCAAUAAUUUGACGUUCAGAUCAUCUUUCCAACUGAAGUUUACUAGGGGUGAAGCUACUAUUAUUAAAGUGCCAGAAAUGGCCGAGUCUAUUACAGAGGGUACGUUAGCUUCUUUUACCAAAAAAGUUGGCGACUACAUUGGCCAGGAUGAGUUGUUGGCUACCAUCGAAACUGACAAAAUUGAUGUCGAGGUGAACUCACCAGUUGGAGGAACAGUGAGGGAAUUAUUGGCCAAUCCCGAUGAUGAUGUUGAAGUCGGCCAGGAUUUGGCGAAGAUAGAGCCUGGGCCACCACCAGCAGGUGGUGCAAAACCAGCUGAGACAGAACCUUCCAAGCCUGACGAGGAGGCACCUAAAGCGGAAGCCGCAACUGAGAAACCAGCUCCUAAACCAAAAGCUGCAUCUAUACCUGCUGCUGCCGCUGUCGCUGCUUCUGCUCCAAAGCCAACUUCUGUUCCAUCUCCUUCUUCAUCCAAUUCAGAGCCAGCACCCGCUGCAAAAAGUUCCGUUCCUCCACCUACUGCACCAAGAGUGGUCAGCCCAUAUGGCCAGUUUUCACGUUCAGAGGAGAGAAUCAAGAUGAAUAGAAUGAGAAGAAGAAUUGCAGAGAGAUUGAAAACCGCCCAAAACACUGCUGCAUCUCUCACAACUUUCAACGAGGUUGAUAUGACCUCUAUUAUGGAAAUGAGAAAGCUGUACAAGGACGAAUUCCUCAAGAAGACUGGAAUCAAAAUGGGAUUUAUGGGCCCAUUCUCUAAAGCAUGUACUUUGGCAGCAAAGGAUUUCCCAUCCGUUGGUGCAGCCAUCGAAAACGAUGACACUUUGGUUUACAGGGAUUAUAUGGAUAUUUCUGUGGCUGUUGCCACGCCGAAAGGGUUGGUUACGCCAGUUGUUAGAAAUGCAGAAUCUCUCUCGAUACUAGACAUUGAAGCUGAAAUCUCAAAUCUGGCAAAGAAGGCUAGGGACGGCAAACUUUCUCUUGAAGAUCUUGCGGGUGGAACUUUCACAAUUUCUAACGGUGGUAUCUUUGGAUCUUUGUACGGUACACCCAUUAUAAAUUCUCCACAGACUGCUGUGUUAGGUUUGCACGGUAUCAAGCAGAGACCUGUUACCGUGAAUGGUAAGAUUGAAUCGAGACCAAUGAUGUACUUAGCCUUAACAUAUGAUCAUAGAGUUCUAGAUGGAAGGGAGGCCGUCAGCUUUUUGAGAACUGUGAAAGAAUUGAUUGAGGAUCCAAGAAAGAUGCUGUUGAUGUGA